AUGGGGGAGAAAGUUUCGGAGGUGCUGGAGCCAGUGCUCCGCGGCUGCAGCGGCCACGGUGCCCGGACUCCCGCCCCUGCGGCGGCUGCCGCGUCCUCCCCGGGAGCUUCCUCGGCCGAGUCCUCAUCGGGCUCAGAAACUCUGUCGGAGGAAGGGGAGCCCAGCUUCUCUCGCGAGCACCCGCCGCCGCCGCCGCCGGGCGGCGCUCGGCCGCCCGCCGCGCGGGCUCCCGCGCGCUUGGUGCCCGAGCGUGGAGUCCCCGCGCCGCCGCCGCCGCUGCCAGGAGGAGCCGCGCCCCCCGCGCCCCGGGGCAGCAGCGCGUCCCAGGAAGAGCAGGAUGAGGAGCUCGACCACAUACUAUCCCCUCCGCCCAUGCCAUUUCGGAAAUGCAGCAACCCAGACGUGGCUUCUGGCCCUGGAAAGUCGCUGAAGUUUAAAAGACAGCUGAGUGAGGAUGGAAGACAGUUGCGGCGGGGAAGCCUGGGGGGUGCUCUGACUGGGAGGUACCUCCUUCCAAACCCGGUGGCGGGGCAGGCCUGGGCAACCUCUGCAGAGACGUCCAACCUCGUGCGCAUGCGCAGCCAGGUCCUGGGCCAGUCGGCGCCCUUGCUCACGGCCAGCCUGGUCAUGCCGUGGGCAGGUGCAUGA